AUGAAGUCUUUCAUCGCUAUCCUUGUUUCAGCUUCCUUCCUUUCCGGAGCUGUCUCAGCUCAGAACAACAACACCGUCUCCCACGCCCCAUCUUUGAUCGACCCGCGAACGCUCUACCCUCAGCGGGUCAUCCUCCCUGACCAAGGCUUCCCGGGCCUUCACCGGAACUGGGAUCCCCCCAUCGACAGCGGCGAGCAAUCAUACGUCGGCACCGGCCGACUCAAGGGCCGCAAGGCCCUCAUCACGGGCGGAGACUCCGGCAUCGGGCGAGCAGUCGCCAUCGCCUACGCGCGCGAAGGCGCCGACGUGACCAUCAACUACCUGCCCGAAGAACAACCCGACGCGGACGAAGUGCGCACCCUCGUCGAAGCCGCCGGCGUGCGCUACUUCGCCAUGCCGGGCGACCUGCGCAACGAGACCUUCUGCGCCGACCUCAUCCACCGCGCGCACGCCGCCAUGGGGGGGCUCGACAUCCUGGUCAGCAACGCGGGCUACUUCGUGCAGCACUUCGACAUCGCGACCCUGCCCACCGAGCAGAUCCUCCAGACCUUCCAGGUCAACGUCUUCGCCUCCUUCUACCUCGUCCGCGCCGCAGCCCCCCUCCUCCCGCCCGGCGCAUCCGUCAUCUUCACCUCCUCGGGCAUGGCGCGCCGUCCGCACGGCGCGGCAGUUGACUACGCUGCCACAAAGGCCGCGCUGGUGUCUAUGGCCCAGACGCUGGGCCUGCAGCUCGGCCCGCAGGGGAUUCGGGUUAAUGCGGUGGCUCCCGGGCUGACUGCUACUAAUUUCUUGACGUCGCAUGGUUUGACGACGGAGAAUGCGGAUACCAUCGCGGGCCAGCUGCCGCUGGGACGGAUUGCGCAGCCGGCGGAGCUUGCCCCUGUUUAUGUGAUGAUUGCGGAGGGCAGGAGCUCGCAGUCGCUUGCUAGUGCGUAUGGGGUGAAUGGGGGGAAUCUGUCGUUUUGA